CCUUCCUCUCUCACACUCACAGCUCUGUCUGCUCCGCCGGGCGGGAUUUCCGCAAUAAUAUCAAGUAUGGCGAAGACAUACGACUAUUUGUUUAAAUUACUGCUAAUCGGGGACUCUGGAGUCGGGAAGACCUGUGUCCUCUUCAGGUUCUCAGAAGACGCCUUCAACUCCACCUUCAUCUCGACUAUAGGCAUUGAUUUCAAGAUUAGGACGAUAGAGCUUGACGGCAAGAAGAUCAAGUUGCAGAUAUGGGAUACGGCAGGCCAGGAGCGCUUCCGAACAAUCACAACAGCCUACUACAGAGGAGCAAUGGGCAUCAUGCUGGUCUACGACAUCACCAACGAGAAGUCUUUUGAAAAUAUCAAGAACUGGAUUAGGAACAUAGAGGAGCAUGCAUCAUCAGAUGUUGAGAAGAUGGUCCUUGGCAACAAGUGCGACAUCAACGACAAGCGACAGGUGUCCAAAGACCGGGGCGAGAAGCUUGCAUUGGAGUAUGGAAUAAAGUUCAUGGAGACCAGUGCAAAGGCCAACAUCAACGUUGAAAAUGCAUUUUUGACACUCGCCAGAGACAUCAAAUCAAAAAUGGACACAAAAUUGGAGGGCAACACACCGCAGGGGAGCAGUCAUGGAGUCAAGAUCUCAGAGCCUCAGAAAAAGACCAGCUUCUUCCGCUGUAGCCUUCUCUGAGGACAGGUCUACCAUACUGGCUGCCAGCUGGCUGGACAUAAAUGGACUGUGCUUGCUCUUAGCACUUCCUUCCCCUUCCUUCUUUCUUCCCAUCCAUGGCCUGUCCUCCCAGUCCACACAUGCCGUUAUAUUCCCAAUAAGCAAAGGACUUCCCCUCCUCUCUUCCUCUUCUGAAAGCUUCCAGUGGUGCAUCUCUUCCAUUUUAAGGAGAUCUGUUGUCUUCAUGCGUCAGAGUGCUUUCCUGGUAGAGGACUCCACCAGGAGCGUUGUCCAGGUGUUCUUCAUCACACAAAAGACAAGCUCUUACUCCUGAUGUUAGUCUCUUUGUUCUACACACUCAUAAUUCACGCAGCCGGUAGCACAACCGAGGAUGAGAAAUCAUUAAAUUAAUGUCAAGGUUUUGGGAUUGCGACUACAAAUGUGAUAUUAAGAUCUAUUUUUAUUAGUGCCCUUUCCAUUUUUUAAGUGAUAAAUGUCAACCAGAGACUGAUAGGCUUGAACUCUAGUGAAACAGAGUUGCACAUGCUUUCAUUUUCAUUUCGGGAGUUGUGAAUCAUAUCACGCAUCAGGCAGUCAAGGAUCAGAGAGGAAUUGGGUUGAAAGGUUUUCCAUUUGAGUUCUGCUCAUUGGUUUGCAAGUAGUCCUUUACAAUCAUUCGAAGUGACGUAAAAUGUCAGUUUCAUCUUUUCCUGAUCAUAACACAUUGCCUCCAUUUAUAGCUUUCAGGUGCUGGAAGGCAAUUUGGCAACACAAAACCUUCUGCUUCUGUAGAUACAUUUCAGCUGACAAAUUAUCAGCAGAACUUUGGUGAGGUGACGCACUUCUGCUUCGGCUUCCUCUGGUUUAGUAACCUGCCAGAAAGUAUUGUUCAUUGUGGUGUGAAAGUAAAAAUGUGCUAACAUUGCAUUGUGACCCAUAUGUAAGUACUCUGUUUUGGUAAAUAUUAGGAUGCACACACAGUACAAUAUAAAUAAUCAUCCUAAAUUUAGUACACUGUAAUUGGAUAGCAUUUAGUGAUAAUUAUUAUCAUAUAUUCUUAUACACCAUCAAAAAAUCAUAAAAAAUAGCUGUUAAACUUUCCUAAAGCUCAAGGUGAUGUCUUCAAAUGUCUCAUUUUGUUCCAUAAUCUUAAAAAAAUUACAAUAAAUUAAAUUUACUAUCACCUAAAAUAAAAAAAGCAGCAAAUCCUCACAUUUAAGAAGCUGGAACUAGCGAAUGUUUGUUGUUUUUGUUUGAAUAUUGACUCGAAUAGCUUAUCAAAAUAAUUUAACGUGUUGCCUUUAAUUUGACUUGAAGGUUUUGUUGCAGCUCUGAUUCACAGUUAAGCUAAAUGAUUUCUCCGGUUAUUUCAUCAGCAAUUUAAAUCACUCUUGAAGUUUCGCACUGUAAGCCCCUUCUCCUCCUGCUAUCCAUGCAGCUCUCCUUGCACUUUACCAGUAACCCGUGUUUUGUAUGUAGUCUGUGCCAAGUGAUAGUUUUUCAAUACAACUAUACAAUUACUUAGUUUAAAAAAAACGUUUUGAGUCUUAUAUAAUGGGCCUAAUUCCUUUUUUUUUAAUACACCUACUUAUAAAUGACUUGAUCUCUUGUGCUAUUUCACUGCUAGUGAUCCACUGUCCUGGUAUUAGUUCACUGAAAAACAUUGCCCUAACGUUCUAAUAUAUAUUUAUAAAAGAAAAAGAAUUAGCAAGCAUCUGUUUCUAUGCUACUGCCCUUCAACAUUAUAGUUCAAAAAUGAUGUUUCCUUGACUUAUUACAUGAACGCUGGCUUGUCUGACGCUGAAAGAAGAGGCCCGUUAGUAUUAUUGUUCACUCUCUCAUGUGUCUGGGUUGUUUGGUUGUAGCCCUUUCGUUUGACAGCUAGGUGGCGCCAGAGGCACAGUAUGCACUAUAGGUGACCAUCUGAAUCUGAAUCAGUAUUUUAUUAACAGCCCGAGCCACAGUGAACUAGACCUGUGUGAUCCAAACAUGUACCCACUAUUUAACAUCGAUGUUGAGUCUCAAUCUGUUACCACUGUUCUUCAUUAAUCCUUCCUACAUUUGUUACUAGUCUGAAAAUCAAACUCCUAUAUGCACAAUAUUGAGGGAGGAUUUGCUUUUGCUUGCCUGCACUUUUUUUUUUAUUAUUAUUUUUUUUUAUAAAUAUCAAAUCAUUUGGGACCUCAUGACUACCAUGGCCAUUUGUCUUAACCGCUAAUACUCAGUUCUGUCAAAGGUGAGCUAUGCAUUGUGAAUCUUGGACCUGUGCAUAUUUGUGUGAUGUAGUUUUCAGACAUAACUUGUAGACCCAAACAGUUGAAUGUAUGGGUGUUUUGUUUUGUUUGUGUCAUUCACUGAGCCAAACACAGGACUCUGUAGAAAUGGCAUUGCUACAACAAUGCCAACGGAAUUGAGCACGACGGAAGAUUAAGUAGGAAGAGUCUGGACGUUGAAAUGUGGAGAUCGUGCCGUUGUCUCAUUUGAGUGAUCCUGUAGCUUUAAGUCAUAAACAAACCUAGAGAGCAGACCUUUCGUGGGACUCAAACGGCAUCAAUUCCAGCUGGUAUGAUACUCCCUCUUUGUUUUGUUUUUUAAAUCAUAUCCUUUAAUAAUAUACUGUUCAUUUCUUUUUACAGCCAUAUUUUCAUUCCAUCUAUUGUGAAGUACACAGGGAGAAUAAUAAAAUACAUUUUGACAAAAAAAAGAAGUGAAAAAAGACAUUGUAAAUAUCACAUUGAAAAAAAAAAAAAGAUCUACUUAAAUUGUACUGUACUUUCUAAACCCAUAUGAAAAUGUAUCUACAAUUUGUAGAUAUGUGUACUUUUGAUUUAAUAAAACAAGAUUAUAAAACUUA